AUGGAUAACGAAAUGAAAUAUUUAGCUGUGGACAGGCGAAGUGUUGGCGACCCCACUUUGCAAGCGGAAUGGAGCGCGAAGAAACUUGUUUGGGUGCCCGAAAAAGAACACGGAUUUAUCCCUGGAAGCGUAAAACAAGAGAAAAACGAUGAAAUAACUGUUGAAUUAUCAGGUGGCAAACGAAAGACGUUUAGCAAGGAUGACAUACAGAAAAUGAAUCCACCAAAAUUGGAGAAAGUCGGAGAUAUUAUAGCUGAGCCUGCACUUUUAUCAGACGAAAACAUUGCGUUCCACAAAAUGUCGAAUAAACUCUUCAAUAUUUCUAACCCUUCUUUUAUUUAUGUUAGACAUGAUGGCAUAAACACAUUGGGCGUCAAUCGAACAUUUAUUAGGGAGAGUGAUCAAUGA